AUGCGUUGCCUGUGCAUCAUUGCUGUCAUGUUGGCCGUGACCGAAGCGAGGCCGGGCUUGAUUUUCACACAGCCCUUGCAACCGAUCGGCAUCCAAUACGCCCAUCCCUCGGCGCCGGCGGUCCAGCCCCAUCCAGCGGUUGAGCUGAACUCAGCCAGCGAGGCCCUGCUCCCUCCCGAACUACUGAAAUCCAGAAGCUUCUACGACAAUCCGGCCGUCGCGGCGGGACUAGCUAAAGAGUCGUGGUUCACCAACAAGGAGAUGCAGGUGGUGGAAAGAGAGGCGGAGAAGAUACCGCGCGAGAAAAUCUAUAGCAUCGUUAAAAACGCGGGAUUCUUGGACAGGCAU